AUUCCUGUGCCUCCGCCUUGGGGAAGGAGGAAGGGGCCACAGCUGCCCCUGCGGUGGGCACUGUGGGGGCGCAGACCUCCGCUCUGGCGGGACGAGGAUGGCGCUACAUGUGGAGCUGAUUCCCACGGGAGAAAUCAUCCGUGUCGUCCACCCCCAUGGGCCCAGCAAGACUGUAAGGGCCCUGGGCAGCGACGGGAUCCGGGUGACCAUGGAGAGUGCACUGACCGCCCGGGACCGGGUCGGGGUCCAGGACUUCGUGCUGCUGGAGAACUUCACCAGCGAGGCGGCCUUCAUCGAGAACCUGCGGCGGCGCUUCCGGGAGAACCUGAUCUAUACAUACAUCGGUCCCGUCCUGGUCUCCGUCAAUCCCUACCGCGACCUCCAGCUCUACACUCGACAGCACAUGGAGCGAUACCGUGGGGUCAGCUUCUAUGAGGUGCCCCCGCAUCUGUUUGCCAUCGCAGACACGUCGUACCGGGCGCUGCGCAUGGAGAGGCGGGACCAGGCCGUGCUGAUCUCAGGGGAGAGCGGGGCCGGCAAGACCGAGGCCACUAAGCGGCUUCUGCAGUUCUACGCCGAGACCUGUCCUUCCAGCGAGCGAGGCGGGGCCGUGCGGGACCGGCUGCUGCAGAGCAACCCUGUGCUGGAGGCGUUUGGAAACGCCAAGACCCUGCGCAAUGACAACUCCAGCCGGUUUGGGAAAUACAUGGACGUGCAGUUUGACUACAAGGGCGCUCCUGUGGGCGGGCACAUCCUCAGCUACCUGCUGGAGAAAUCCCGCGUCGUCCACCAGAACCAUGGGGAGCGCAACUUCCACGUCUUCUACCAGCUUCUGGAGGGUGGCGAGGAGGAGCUGCUGCGGAGACUGGGCUUAGAGCGCAACGCGCAGAGCUACCUCUACCUGGUCAAGGGCCAGUGCGCGAAGGUGACGUCCAUCAAUGACAAGAGCGAUUGGAAGGUGGUCCGGAAGGCGCUGUCCGUCAUGAAUUUCAACGAGGAUGACGUGGAGGACCUGUUGAGCAUCGUGGCCAGCGUGCUCCACUUGGGCAACGUCCACUUUGCGGCCAAUGAGGAGAGCAAUGCGCAGGUGACCACAGAGAACCAGAUCAAAUACUUGGCCAGGCUGCUGCGGGUGGACGGGGCGAUGCUGCGCGAAGCUUUGACGCACAGGAAGAUUAUCGCCAAGGGCGAGGAGCUCCUCAGUCCCCUGAACCUGGAGCAGGCUGCGUAUGCCCGAGAUGCGCUGGCCAAAGCUGUGUACGGACGCACUUUCUCUUGGCUGGUCAGCAAGAUCAACAGGUCCCUGGACUUCAAGGACCCCGAGAGCCCCAGCUGGAGGAGCACCACAGUCCUAGGGCUGCUGGACAUCUACGGCUUCGAAGUUUUCCAACACAACAGCUUCGAGCAGUUCUGCAUCAACUACUGCAACGAGAAGCUGCAGCAGCUCUUCAUCGAACUCACGCUCAAGUCGGAGCAGGAGGAGUACGAGGCGGAGGGGAUUGCGUGGGAGCCGGUUCAGUAUUUCAACAACAAGAUCAUCUGUGACCUGGUGGAGGAGAAGUUCAAAGGCAUCAUUGCCAUCCUGGAUGAAGAAUGCCUGCGCCCUGGGGAUGCCACAGACCUGACGUUCCUGGAGAAGCUGGAGGAGACGGUGAAGCACCAUCCACACUUCCUGACGCACAAGUUGGCCGACCAGCGGACGCGGAAGUCCCUGGAGCGAGGAGAAUUCCGCCUGCUGCACUAUGCCGGGGAGGUGACCUACAGCGUGACCGGGUUCCUGGAUAAAAACAAUGACCUCCUCUUCCGCAAUCUGAAGGAGACCAUGUGCAGCUCUGAGAGCCCCAUUCUCAGCCAGUGUUUCGACAGGAGCGAGCUCACCGACAAGAAGCGGCCGGAGACGGCCGCAACCCAGUUCAAGGCGAGUCUGUUCCAGCUCAUGGAGAUUCUCAUGUCCAAGGAGCCAGCCUACAUCCGCUGCAUCAAGCCCAAUGAUGCCAAGCAGCCAGGCCGCUUUGAUGAAGUGCUCAUUCGGCACCAGGUGAAGUACCUGGGGCUGAUUGAGAACCUGCGGGUGCGGAGAGCUGGCUUUGCAUAUCGGCGAAAAUACGAGACCUUCCUGCAGAGGUACAAGUCCCUGUGUCCGGAGACGUGGCCAACGUGGGAUGGGCGACCUCAGGACGGGGUGGCCAUGCUCGUCAAGCACCUGGGCUACAAGCCCGAGGAAUACAAGAUGGGCAAGACCAAGAUUUUCAUCCGCUUCCCCAAGAAUCUGUUUGCCACGGAGGAUGCCCUGGAGAUUCGGAAGCAGAGUCUGGCCACCAAGAUCCAGGCCACAUGGAAGGGCUACCACUGGCGGCAGAAAUUUUUGCGUGUGAAGCAUGCAGCCAUCUGCAUCCAGGCGUGGUGGCGUGGGACCCUCGGCCGCAGGAAAGCCGCCAAGAGGAAGUGGGCAGCUACCGUCAUUCGGCAGUUCAUCCGUGGCUUCACCCUCCGCCGGGCCCCACGCUGCCCCGAGAAUGCCUUUUUCCUGGACCACGUGCGCUGCUCUUUCUUGUUGAACCUGCGACGACAGCUGCCCCAAAGCGUUCUGGACAAGACCUGGCCCACGCCGCCCCCGGCCCUCCGUGAGGCGUCGGAGCAGCUGCGGGAGCUGUGCAUGCGGAACAUGGUGUGGCGAUACUGCCGGAGCAUCAACCCCGAAUGGAAACAGCAGCUGCAGCAGAAGGCCGUGGCCAGUGAGAUCUUCAAGGGCAAGAAAGAUAACUACCCACAGAGCGUCCCCCGCCUCUUCAUCAGCACUCGUCUCGGCUCUGAGGAAAUCAAUGCCAAAGUCCUCCAGGUCCUGGGCAGCGAGCCCAUCCAGUAUGCGGUUCCUGUGGUCAAGUACGACCGCAAGGGCUACAAACCUCGGGCCAGGCAGCUGCUACUGACCACGAGCGCUGUGGUCAUCGUGGAGGAGGCCAAAGUCAAGCAGCGGAUUGAUUAUGCCAAUCUGACGGGAAUCUCGGUCAGCAGCCUCAGUGACAGCCUCUUUGUCCUCCAUGUGCAGCGGGAGGACAACAAACAGAAGGGGGACGUGGUGCUGCAGAGCGACCAUGUGAUCGAAACGCUGACCAAGACGGCCCUGAGCGCGGACAAGGUCAACAGCAUCAACAUCAACCAGGGCAGCAUCUCGUUUGCCGGAGGACCAGGCCGGGACGGCAUCAUUGACUUCACUCCGGGCUCCGAGCUGCUCAUCGCUAAGGCCAAAAAUGGGCACUUGGCCGUGGUUGCUCCUCGCCUGAAUUCCCGAUGAUGACCUCUGUGGCUCGUGGUCCUUGCCGGACCCCUGGCCCCCACCCACCCUGCUGCUGCUUUGCUCGCUCCCCUGAAAGUUACCAAAGACUUCGCGCUUCCAACCAAGAAAUCACAGCAUCGCCAUGUUUCUGAAGGGGCAGGGCGGGGCUCUGUCCUCCUCCCGCCCCUCCUCCCCUCCUCCCCAACCCGAUGGGACCCCCUCAGCCCCAGCCCUGCACGCUGGCUGGAGCAGGGGACGGGGAGAGGGCGGGACGGCGGGCAGAGCCCCUGGGCAGAGCGGUGGGGGGGAAAGGGGUCCAGCGUGGGCACCGGGAGGAAGGGUGGAUGCUGCGUUGCCAGGGCAGCGAGUCUACUAAGCCGGCUCCUGUGCCCCAUUCCCAUGCCAAGGAACCAUUUUGGAAGGGGUUUUUCUCCGAGACUUUUUGGUGACUUUGUAUGAGGAUAUUUUUAAAAGCCAUUUCCUGUUCCUGAGACGGCGACCCGUCCCCGCCAACAGGGGGGCGGCGGGUGGGCCGGGGGUCUUUGCCCUCGCCAACGCCCCCUUGUAGCUCGGCUUGUGGGGCCGUGCCCCCUGCCCCACCGAAGGGACCCUUUCCUGCUGUGCAGAUGGCCACCCUCCCGGCCCCUCCCCACCUGGGACUGGCCCCGCAUACACACACACAAACACACACCCGUGUGUACACGCCCAGACUAAAGGCGCACACGAGGAUCCACGCUUGUCCUGCCCCUCUCUCUGCCUUAAUGGGAUCCUGGGAUCCCCACCCCCCUUUUCUGGCUCCCUUUCUCCCCUUCCCUAAAAUUCCCUCAGACAGCGACUGACCCUUCCCCGACUCCCCGUCCUCCCCUCCUCCAGCCCCCACCGACUCAGACUGUCCAAAGAGGCAGCAGCUCAGAGGAACUGGGGGAUGAGGGGUGGAAGCGGAGUGGAAAGGGGAGGGACAGGUCAGAUUUCUUUUUUCCUCCAUCAAGAACCCCAAGGAUGGUCUGGCUAACACUAAAAGGAUUUCCCUUUCCUCAACACUUCGGGGGAGGGGGUUGCGCUGACCCUUCCGAGACCGCCCUGGUCCGAAAUUCCCUCCCUGUGAAUGGCACCCCCUGAGCCUCCUCGGGCUUGGUGUCCUAGCCUGGUGCUUUAGAGGGGAGAAGGUAGGGGUGGGGUCAGGUGAGGAGGGUUUGGGACCCUCUCGACUGGUUCUGGAUGUGGCCUGGGCCCCAUCUUUCCUUCCCAGGUGGAUCCUGAGCCCUCCUUUCCCGGGACAGUCUGAUCCUGGGUAUCAGGCAUCGUUGGGGGGGACAGGUGUCAGACCACACACGCGACGUCUACCUUCCUAACAAGGGGGUAGAGGAACCACCCUAGGGGAGGAGCCAAAGUUCAGCGAGCAGGAGGGGGCCAUGGGCUAAGGGGGCAAAGGGCUCCCUCUUGGAUCUCUUUGCCACCCCUCACGUGGGGUCCCCCCUCGGCCGCCGGCACAGAUGUGCUGACAAACCUCUGCCUCUCAGUCAAUCAAUCAAUAAAGCCAUUGGGAUUUGCAAA